AUGCCGCAGGGCGAGACAUUCCAUCGGGCGGUCUCGAAAGUUCUUUUCAUUUCACAAAUCUAUGGCCUGUUUCCGGUUAGCAACAUCCGUGCUUUGGAUGUAAAGGACAUCCGGUUUCGUUGGCUUUCGCCUCGGAUAUUUUACUCUUGUCUUAUUUUGAUCUUAAAUUUUUGUGAAUUCGGAGCCGUCAUCAAUUAUGUCAUUAAGGUCACCAUUAACUUUCAUACGUCCAGCACCCUUUCCCUGUAUAUUGUCUGUCUUCUGGAGCAUCUUUUCUUCUGGAGACUUGCCAUUCAAUGGCCCACGAUUAUACGCACCUGGCAUGGAGUGGAACAGCUCUUUUUAAGGGUUCCUUAUCGGUUUUACGGGGAAUACAGGAUGAAGAAGCGGAUCUAUAUUGUGUUUGGGAUAGUCAUGUCGUCGGCUUUGGUGGAACACUGUCUCCUCCUGCUCAACUCGUUCCAUCUUAGCAAUAUGGAACGCACACAGUGCAAGAUCAACGUUACCUAUUUCGAGAGCAUUUACAAGUGGGAGCGUCCUCAUCUUUACAUGAUCCUUCCCUAUCACUUUUGGAUGCUCCCCAUCUUUGAGUGGGUUAAUCAGACAAUAGCCUAUCCCCGAUCUUUCACCGACUGCUUUAUCAUGUGCAUUGGAAUUGGAUUGGCCGCCAGGUUUCAUCAGCUGUAUAGACGGAUUGCUGCUGUUCAUAGAAAAGUAAUGCCAGCGGUGUUUUGGACAGAAGUUAGGGAGCACUAUCUAGCCUUAAAGCGGCUUGUGCAUCUUCUGGAUGCUGCAAUUGCUCCUCUGGUGCUUCUGGCCUUUGGCAAUAACAUGUCCUUCAUUUGCUUUCAGUUGUUUAAUAGCUUCAAAAAUAUAGGAGUAGACUUUAUUGUGAUGUUGGCUUUUUGGUACUCCUUAGGCUUCGCCGUGGUCCGCACAUUACUCACUAUUUUUGUCGCCUCUUCAAUAAACGAUUACGAAAAGAAGAUUGUCACAGCUUUGCGCGAUGUGCCCUCCAGAGCUUGGUCUAUAGAAGUUCAGCGCUUUAGUGAGCAGUUGGGAAACGAUAUGACAGCUCUCUCUGGCAGCGGAUUCUUCUACCUCACCCGCUCACUCGUCCUGGCUAUGGGCACCACAAUUAUCACCUAUGAGCUCAUGAUAUCGGAUGUCAUCAACCAAGGUUCCAUCAGGCAAAAGACUCAAUACUGCAGGGAAUAUUAG